UUGCCUGCUGUAGUCCUUUUCAGUAAGAGGUCUGUCUGCCUGAACAGGACAGCGGUGUCAUUCAUCACGGCAGGAGGGCUGAAUCCGGGGCUGGGGGCCGCACGUCGUCAGGGGAGGGGCCAGGGGGCGGCCCCCUUGUGACCAGCCCUGAGGAGAGGUCAGGAGAGAAGGUUGGCUGAGGAGCGCCAGGACAGCAGCAGCUGCUGACGUUCUGCAUCACGCGUCCGGGCCCAAGGCUACAGCGAAAGAACGUCAGAGGAAGCUGUAUCAAAGCGAGGCUGCGCAGGGCGCAGAGAAGGCAGAGGGUGGUGCCUUGUUUUUUUUAAGAAGUUUCCAUCGUUUCCAGCCUAAAGCUUAGGCCGCCCCCUCCCCCACGCCGCCCCUGCUGCCUUUCUUCCCUUACCUACGCACCUCCCGCCCACGCACGAUCUGAUCUCCCUUAACCAGGUGGAAGCUCGUUUGCAGACUUAUUUCUCCCCAGGCCGGACAGCGAGUUGAUGGCUCAGGUUCCAGAAGCUUCCUUGUUGUCCGGCUCCGCGCCUCCCGGGAGCUCGGGAGAGGGGGGAGGAGCCUCGUCCGAGGAGGCGGUGGAGAAGGCGGGGAAAAUGGAGGAGGAGGAGGCGACGGCGGUGGACUCCGCGGAGGCGGCCGGCGGCCGGGGAGCAGAGGACAUGAAGCUGGACCCAUUGGAGGAACAUGUGCCCAGUGCUAAGGAGAACUUCACGUGGAGCUGCAGAGGCGGCGAGGAGAAGGUGCUCCCUUCAACCCACCCUUACCGUUACAGCACCUCCUCGCUCGCUGGUCCACGCCGCAAGCCCCGCCCCCGGCCCCCGCCCCGGGUCCGCUCCCGAGGCCUAGCGGGGCUCCCGGCCCCACCCCCGCCUCCACCCCGGCCCCCGCAGCCGUCCCUACCCCCGCCACCACCGCGGUCCCGGGCUUGGCGUGGGUCCAGGCUUAGAGCCCGACCCGUACCCCGACCCCAGACGCGGAAAAGCUGCUCUGUUGACAUCGCGGGUUGUAGGGAGCGAGGUGGCUUGGGGGAUUGGUUGCUGGAGGCCGAAUUGGAUCAGGGUCCCACAGGCUGCUGUCAUGUGGAGAGUUAUAAAGUAGCCAAGAACUGGCAGAAGAACCUGCGCUUGAUCUACCAGCGUUUCGUUUGGAGUGGGACACCAGAAACUAGGAAACGUAAGGCAAAGUCGUGCAUCUGCCACGUAUGUAGUACUCACAUGAACAGACUACACUCUUGUCUCUCUUGUGCCUUUUUCGGCUGCUUUACUGAGAAACAUAUUCAUAAACAUGCAGAAACAAAGCAGCACAAUUUAGCUGUAGACCUUUAUUAUGGAGUUAUAUAUUGCUUUAUGUGUAAGGAUUAUGUGUAUGACAAAGACAUAGAACAGAUUGCCAAAGAAACAAAAGACAAAGUUUUGAAAUUACUAAAUUCCACCUCAACCGAUAGUUCUCAUCAACAGUUUAUGACAUCAGGGCUUGAAGAGAAGCAGUUAACCUGUCAGUCAAAGGAACAGGACCCAAAACUGGUAAAACCCAAGAAAAAGAGGAGAAGAAAGUCAGUUUAUACAGUCGGUUUGAGAGGGCUAAUCAAUCUUGGAAACACCUGUUUUAUGAAUUGUAUUGUCCAAGCACUUACCCAUAUUCCUCUGCUGAAAGAUUUUUUUCUCUCAAAUAAGCACAAAUGUAUAAUGACAAGCCCCAGCUUGUGUUUGGUCUGUGAAAUGUCUUCACUUUUUCAUGCUAUGUACUCUGGGAGUAGAACUCCCCACAUUCCCUAUAAGUUACUGCACCUGAUAUGGAUUCACGCAGAGCAUCUAGCAGGCUAUAGGCAGCAGGAUGCCCACGAGUUCCUUAUUGCAAUAUUAGAUGUGCUGCAUAGGCACAGCAAAGAUGACAGUGUUGGCCAGGAAUCUAGUAACCCCAACUGCUGUAACUGCAUCAUAGACCAAAUCUUUACAGGCGGCUUGCAGUCUGACGUCACAUGUCAAGCCUGCCAUACUGUCUCCACCACCAUCGACCCGUGCUGGGACAUCAGUUUAGACUUGCCUGGCUCUUGUGCCACAUUCAGUCCCCAGAACGCAGACAUGGCUGACAGCACAGUUGGCAGCUCUGACCGUGUACCAGGAAUCCCUUCACUCACAGACUGCCUCCAGUGGUUUACAAGGCCAGAGGAUCUGGGCAGCAGUGCCAAAAUCAAAUGUAGUAGUUGCCAAAGCUACCAGGAAUCUACCAAACAGCUCACAGUGAAGAAAUUACCUUUAGUGGCCUGUUUUCAUCUCAAGAGGUUUGAACAUGUAGGCAAACAGAGGCGAAAGAUUAAUACCUUUAUCUCCUUUCCCUUGGAGCUGGACAUGACUCCAUUUUUGGCCUCUACUAAAGAGAGUAGAAUAAAAGAGGGCCAGCCACCAACAGAGUGUGUAUCCAAUGAGAAUAAGUAUUCCUUGUUUGCAGUGAUUAAUCACCAUGGAACUUUGGAAAGUGGCCACUAUACUAGCUUUAUCCGUCAACAAAAGGACCAAUGGUUCAGCUGUGAUGAUGCCAUCAUCACCAAGGCUACCAUUGAGGACUUACUCUACAGUGAAGGGUAUUUACUCUUCUAUCACAAACAGAGUCUGGAGAAAGAGUAGUCUCACCAGACCUUUUAACAGAAAAAAAAUAAAAUAAAUGAUUAGUCAAUGAUUGUGAAGUGGCGUGUAAACCUACCUGGAAUGGACAAUGAUAAUAAUCUGUACGACAGCUAGGACUUGGAUGUAAAGAACCUAUUUUAUUGUUACCCAUGGGUUUAUGGAGGAAAAAGAGUGCUAACUGUUAAUCAUUUAGGGUAAAAAAAAAAAUGAAUACUAAGUAGUGACCAUUGAGUCUUAAGAAUGGAGAGUGUGUAAAGAGGUUGAAGAUGGUCACUUGAAGCACAGUUAGAUGAAAAAAAAAUUCUCUAGAUGGGGAAAAAUGGGAAUAGGUGUGUUCUGACACUACUAAAUGUCAUUUGCUUUUGCAGAAAUGUUGUGAGAAGUCAGGGAGUUACUACAUCAGCAAAAAGCGUCACAAUUGGCAUUCCAGCUGUGGUUGGCCAGCCAAAUUGUUUUUAAAAAGAGAGUAUUUUAAAAGACGUUUUAAAAGCUUUAAAAGAAAAAUAUUUAAGAUGAAAGCAAUUUUUAAUAUUUUAAAAGAAACCUUUUUUACAUGGUGAAGAAAUUUUAAGUUAGGUAUUUUUAAAGGAAAUAUUCAAAUAAUUUUUUAAGAGAGCUCCAGAAUUAUUAAAGUAAUGUCUAAGACACAGGAGAUUUAGAAAGUCCUAAAGUUUGCAGGGAAAGUGCAUAAAACAGGAAACAAGGUUAAAAAUUAAGUUUUAUGAAGUUAAAAGAAAACCAUUCUAUGAAAAAGACAGAUCUUACAUUUUAGUUCUAAAAUGAAGGAACAUAUAUUUUAUAGUUAAAUAAUUAAGUACAUAUAUGAAAAACCAGAUUACUAAAUUUACCACAAGCUAAAAGUUUCAAAAUAUUUGGAAAUGGAGUGAAAAUUCAAAUUUAAAUCUACAACCGUGCUUUUUAGAAAGCUUAGAACAAUUUAAAAAUUUCUUUAAAAUUUUGACAUAAAUUAAAAUAGAGAAUUGUAAUAUAGAAACAGAACUUUAGACAAGUUCAAUUAGAGAUAAUUACAUGAAAACUGCUUGACUAAGGGUAAAAUGGAAAUUUUAAAGAAAAAUAUUUACGUAAAAGCUGACAAAUGGAGGAAGGAAAAAUGUUCAAGUAGGAAAAAGUUAAACAGUUUAGAGGAUAUUAUUUUUUUAUUUAAGCAUAUUAAAAAACAGAUGGUAUAAGAGAGCUAAAUAGAGGAGACGGGAGUAAUAAAAGCAUUGUAAACAUAUUUUUUUGAGUUUAAUGUUGCUAUUUAAACAAAAUUUUGGAAAAGACACUUUAAGCAUUAUCUUAAGUUGGGAGAUGGAUAUGCAGGGCCUGAACACUAUCCCACCUUCCAUCUCAGACUCCACACCCCAGCUGAGUUCCUGAAGGAAGUAGAGCUACUUGAGAAGGAUGAAAAUAUUAGAUCCUUUCCUAUUUAGAAUUGCAUCAUUCAUACAAAAUUUUGGCUUCCGAAAAGGAGCUCUUGAUAAUUUGUUGGCUUAGACAAAUCACAGCACAGUCGUUCAGUGUUAGAGCCUCAUGGCCUGAUUGAGGAAGUGACAGGAGUCUGUCUGAGGACCUUAUCACUUUCUUUCCCCAUACUAUGGAGAGACGAGACCUUUAAUUUCCACAGUAUAGCUGUGGGUUUGUGAUUGGCAGUCUUUUUAUUCCUUAUUCCAUUUCCCUAUUCCAUUCCCUCAUGCCUGGUUCCUGAACCCCUCAGAACUCGGCCUUACCUAUGUCUCUGAAACCCAGUCUUCAAGGUCCCUUUCUUGACUAUUCACCUAGUGGCUUCUAAUUCUCCUUUAAGACUCAACUCACAGAUGGUUUCCCUGGAGCAUUCCCUGGAUUCUCUAGGCAGGUGUUAGUUGGAAAAUUAUUCCCUCCUCUCCCCAUUUAUCCCUCUCACUGUGCCUCCAAAGUACUUUGUCUAUACCUCGGUGAUAUUACUUUAUUAUACUGUGAUUCUACUGUAGCUUUGUGAUUGUGUGCCUCUCUGUACCAGACAGCCUGAGAACAGCGGGGGCAAGCCUUAUUCAUAUCUGUGUUAAUAAAUGUUUGUUGAAUGUGAAAAUGAA